UACGCUUAUUAACCUGGAUUACGAUAUCAAGUCAGUAAAAUGUUGAAAAAUAUUCCCCUAUUUCGAAGAUUAAGUUCCUCUUCUAUCAUGAAGGGCCUUCCGUAUAAGGAAGACACCACGGCGAUAGAAACUGCCUUUAAAUACAGUGCCCACAAUUAUGUUCCACAACCGGUUGUUAUUCAGCGAGGAGAAGGAUGCUAUGUAUGGGACACUUUUGGGAAGAAAUAUUACGAUUUUCUGUGUGGCUAUAGCUCGAUGAAUCAAGGGCACUGCCAUCCUCGGAUUGUGGCAGCAUUGGUAGACCAAGCCAGCAAACUCACAUUGUCCUCACGUGCGUUCCAUAAUGACGUGUUUAUACAAUAUGCUAAAUAUAUUACAAAUCUAUUCGGAUAUGACAAAGUUCUGCCGAUGAACUCGGGCGUAGAAGGCGGUGAGACUGCUUGCAAAUUGGCCAAAAAAUGGGGUUACAAAGUCAAAAAAAUUCCUCAAAAUGAAGCGAAAAUUAUAUACGCUCAAAACAAUUUUUGGGGACGGACCAUGUCGGCUGUUUCCUCAUCGAGUGACCCUUCGUGCUAUGAAGACUACGGUCCUUACCUUCCGGGAGUUUUGAUGAUCCCUUACGAUGAUUUGGAGAGUCUCGAGGUCUUUUAUUCUUAAAAUGGCAGAAAGCAUGCCAAGACAAAAACGUCUGCGCCUUUAUGGUGGAGCCAAUUCAGGGGGAGGCCGGAAUUGUGGUUCCUCAGGAGGGGUAUCUCAAAGGAGUCAGGGAAAUAACCAAACGAAACAAUGUUCUGUUUAUAGCAGACGAGGUCCAAACUGGCUUAGCAAGAACU